GUUAUAGUUUUGGAUAUUUGCAUAGUCUACACACUAAACAAGCGUGUGACUUCUUUAAAUUCUUCUUAUAAUUUAACACACAGAUUACUAUACAUUGUUUGGUAUAUAGUGGUCGCUAUAUCGUGUAGGAUGUUUUAAUGAAAACAUGGUAAAACAAAAUACAGUAUAAGGGUGGGGGAAGAUGGGACACCUUCUAACUUUAUUUUUUCGUCCCAUUGAGUAGUAAACAAAGAACAUUUUAAGAAUUAUAAAACUAUAUUACAACGACUUCCAAAGACCGUCGUUAAUUAAUUAAAACACAAUUAGAAUAUUUGGAUAAUAUGUGCUAAAGGUGUCCCAUCUUCCCCCACCCCACUAUAUAACAAUUUUUAGGUAAAGGUCUGGUUAUUUAGAGGCCGUAGACUUAUGUAGGUAACGUUCGAACAAACAGACUGAAGUGUAUAGCACGCAACGACUUUGCGUGGGUGGAUUGUUUAACAGUGCGAAUCAUAAUCUAGCGUGCGUAACAAACCGCAUUAAUACUGAGAGGUGCUGUUAAUUCCAAUCCUGAGUGUGUGUGUUUUAACGCAGAGCUUAUGCAUAGCCUACAUUUCGAGGAAUACAAAAAAAAGAUCUUUGAAAUAUUUUUUUCGUUAAAUAAAUAAAAUAAUAUUGUCUUUGUCUUAGUUAAAGCUUUACUAGACCGUCGAACAAACAUUUCGAAUUUAAAUUUGCAUCAAACAAUAGAAAAGGUUGCAGCGACAGUAAGAAAACAGAGAAAAAAGAGCACGAAAGAGAGAAACACCGUCGAUCAUUUUCGUGUAGGCUAUACUGUUAAAUAUAUUUAUUGAGGUCUCUCUUGAACUGAGAUUAGAUACAUUGCAGUGCAAACGUCAUUGAAUACAACAGGCUUGCUAGGCGCUUGGACUCGAUUAAUGGAAUUGAGCAGUUUUGUCUUACAUUUUGUGUGUGGAUUUGCAUCACUUUAACAGUGUUUGUUGUGACACUUCGGUUUUCACCAGCUUUAUUAUACUUUGGAAAAAGAAGAGGUUUCGAUGGGACAGAUUAACUGCUGUAGUAAAGCAAAAUUAGAGCUGCGACAAGAGAACCAACGUCCAGGUUACAUGGUACCGUAUGAUAAUCGUGAAGAGACCCGGCCAUCACUCGUUCAACCUCAAGAACCGACAAACGAAAAUGCCACGCAACAGCAUGCACAACCAACUAAACCUCCGGAUGCACGCGCUGAACCAUCACCAACACCUGCUAAAACCAAUGACUCUGUUGGAACAAACUCUGUUGAGGAGGUGACGAGAAAAGAAAUUGUACCACCAAGUGAUGAUGAAAAUUUCGAUUCUACUAACCAUUUCAAUGGUUCGAUGCCAGACUCAGAUUUACAAGCGCAAGGUUUUUCAUUUAUUGACGAAGAUGAUCCUGAAACUUAUAACACAUCUCAUGAUACGUUUCCAAAAGAUCAUGGAUCAACAGUAGAUGCCUCCUUAGAAUCUUGUAGCUCAGCAAAAGUUCAAUUUAUGAAAUUACAGGAAACAGAGAAGUUUCGCGCCCACUCAGGGUUCACUAAAAUGGACCCACCAAGUCUAACGCCAGCAAGAAGGCGUCGUCGUCAAAAUUCUUUAAGACACCCAAGAAACAUCGAUGAUUGCUCGCAGAAUAUUUCCAUGCAAACUUUACACCAUCCAUCAACGGAAUAAAAGAUUGGGUCGAGAAGUUACGUAUGUAGUACUGCAAAUAGCGAUGGUAACAUCUAUUCAGCAAUAAUACUGACGUUUUAUACAGAGCGGAUAUUUUCUCAAUUGUUAUUUUUCUAUGCUUUUGUGUUAUGUUAUAUUAAAUUAGUUGUAUUCGUUUAUUGUUGGUGGCUGUAUCAAUUAUUGUUAAUAAGUAAAAAAUAACACUUUUUGACAACUUCGGGAUGAAGGCGAUUUGGGAGCCUAUAUAUAAUACGCAUUAACAACAUGAGCCAAAUACACUGAACACCCACUAUCAAAAUAAUGUUUUUAAAGGCGUACAUUAUUCAUUAGUUCUUUACAUAUACCCGAAACCAACGUGCUAAACCUAAUGCUAUGCUAAUAUGAAGCAGUUUUGCCGCACAAACCACACAUUUACCAUUCUCACUCACGGCUCGACUACAUCAGUUCAAACAGAAAAGCAUUAGAACUUCGGCAACAUAUACAUCGUUCAAAGCGGCGCAUUAAUAGUGGACGAUAAAAAUUAAACGGUGCUAAGAACAAAUAAAAAUUAAACGGUGAGAACAAAUACAUGAAAGUAACAGAUAUAAGAUGUAAGAUGUACCCGUGACGUCAUGAAAUGCAUUUGAUGCAACAAGACUUAGGGUCCGAAAUAUGUAUAUCGAUACAGUAUUAUAGGUGUACUAAACGGAUGAGAGUUUAAUCUUAAACACUUGAAGCCCCAGCAGUUAAUGGCGGAAAUUCGAUGCCUUCUGUUAAAACAGUCUGCAAGAAAAGUAUGGUCUAUAGGCGAAGGUAAACGCGUGAUAUGCGAUGGCCAAUGAUAAAUUAUUCUAUUUAUAACAUUAUAUAAUUUAUGAAGAUCGUUACUCCGAUUUAUUUAAUCAAUUUUUGUAAACUGUAUGCAAUAAUAUGAUUAUAAGAAACCUAAAAAUAUCGAAUAGAUUUAAAAAAAAGUUUAAACAUCAUUGUGUUCCGCCGUGUUCAACCAAGUUUGUGCAAAGCUGCCUUUCAGUUUGUAUUUAAAUAAAAAAAAAACAUUUUCUUUCCUAGAAUAGGUGCUUCCGGAUUAUUGCUUCCAUACCACCUUAUAAGGUUAAUUUGGUUGUUCAGUUGAACCAAUAUAAAAAUGAACCAUACACACUUUAUAGCGUACAGUGAGAUGUCUAUUUAAUUAUAAGCUUAUGUCGUAUAGCAGUCAGUUGCA